CGGAAGCCCGCGACAACAUUUCGGUCGCCGGUGGGCUUGGGGCUGUGGCGGCAUGUUCUCGGCGGGCGCGGAGAGUCUGCUGCACCAGGCCAGGGAGAUCCAGGAUGAGGAGUUGCAGCGCUUCUGCUCCAGGGUCACUAAGCUGCUGCAGGAAGCCCCAGGGCCGGCCACUGUGGAUGCCUUACAGAGACUCUUCCUCAUAGUCUCAUCCACCAAGUAUCCCCGGAGGCUGGAGAAAGCGUGUGUGGACCUGUUGCAGACCACUCUCUGCUUGCCCACAAGCCCUGAGCAGCUGCAGGUCCUUUGUGCUGCUAUCUUGAGAGAGAUGUCGCCUUUUAAUGACCUGACCCUGUCCUGUGAUCACACCCAAAACACCCGGCAGCUUAGCCUUGUGGCCUCUGUGCUCUUGGCCCAGGGAGACAGGAACGGAGAAAUCAGACAAGUGAGCCAACGCAUCUUCAAGAUCCUGGAGAACCGGCAGCCUGAGGGGCCCAGUGUCAGGCCCCUCCUCCCCGUCCUGUCCAAGGUCAUUGGCCUUGCCCCAGGCAUCCUCGUGGAAGACCAGACCAACCUGCUCAGCAAAAGGCUGGUAGACUGGCUCCGCUACGCCAGCAUCCAGCAAGGGCUUCCGUAUUCAGGGGGCUUCUUUUCUACGCCCAGGACCCGGCAGCCAGGUCCCAUCACCGAGGUGGAUGGAGCAGUGGCUUCUGACUUCUUCACGGUACUCUCCACGGGCCAGCACUUCACAGAGGACCAGUGGGUGAACAUGCAGGCCUUCUCCAUGCUGAGGAAAUGGUUGCUGCACAGCGGCCCCGAGGACCCUGGCAGCCCAGAUGCAGAUGACAAGUCAGAGCUGGAGGGCUCUAUGCUGUCUGUGCUCUCCGCGGCCUCCACUGCGAGCCGACUGCUGCCCCCUCGGGAGCGGCUGAGGGAGGUGGCCUUUGAAUACUGCCAGCGCCUGUUGGAGCAGAGUAACCGGAGAGCGCUGAGGAAGGGGGACUCGGACCUACAGAAAGCCUGCCUGGUGGAAGCUGUGUUGGUGCUAGAUGUGCUGUGCCGGCAGGACCCCUCCUUCCUUUAUCGUACCCUCUCCUGCCUGAAGCCACUGCACAGGAGGCUGGGCGAAGACCCUGGCAGCGAGCGGGCUCUGGUGCCUCUUGCCCAGUUCUUCUUGAACCACGGGGAGGCGGCCGCCAUGGAUGCAGAAGCCAUCUACGCGCAGCUGCUAGGCAGUCUCCCUUCUGAGCGCUUCCACAGCCCGACUCUGGCCUUCGAGGUCAUACACUUCUGCACGCACAACCUGGCUCUGUUCGACCCCCACUUUCUCAGCCUUCUCCGGCUGAGCUUCCCAAAUCUAUUCAAGUUCCUGGCUUGGAACAGCCCUCCGCUCACAGCCGAGUUUGUGGUACUCCUCCCUGCUCUCGUGGAUGCUGGAACUGCUGUGGAGAUGUUGCAUGCCCUGCUUGACCUGCCCUGUCUGACUGCUGCCCUGGACCUACAGCUCAGGUCCACACAGACCCCGUCGGAAAGGCCGCUUUGGGAUGUCUCCCUCAGGGUCCCUAGCUGCCUGGAGGCCUUCCAGGACCCACAGUUCCAAGGACUCUUCCGGCACCUGCUUCGCACCAAGGCCAGCGGCUCCACCGAGAGACUGACGCCACUUCAUCAGGUGCUGAAGCCCAUGGCCAGCUGUGCCCGGGUAGCCCAGUGUGUGGAGGCAAUUCCUGUCUUGCUCCAGGCUUUCUUCUCAGCUGUGACCCAGACUGCCGACGGGCCCCUCAUCAACCAGCUGGCACUGCUGCUCCUGGAGAGAAGUGACUCCCUCUACCCAGUCCCUCAGUAUGAGGCCCGUGUGCACAGGGUGCUGAGCUCCCAGCUCCUGGUGCUGUGUAAGCUGAAACCAUCACUGGUGGUGGAACUGUCCCGAGAGCUUCUGGAGUUCGUGGGGAGCGUGAGCAGCAUCCGCAGCCGAGCCAGCAUGUUCACCUGUGUGGUGUGGGCCAUUGGUGAGUAUCUGUCGGUGACCUGCGACAAGAGGUGCACAGCAGAGCAGAUCAACAAGUUCUUUGAAGCCCUGGAAGCCCUGCUGUUUGAAGUCACCCAGUCCCGCCCCUCAGCCGACUUGCCCUGCUGUCCCCCAGAGCUGGUCACUGCACUCAUGACCACAUUGACCAAGCUAGCCUCCCGGAGCCAAGACCUGAUCCCAAGGGUGUCACUGUUCCUGUCAAAAAUGCGGACCCUGGCCCAGAACCCAGCCACCAGCUCUAUGCACAGUGAGGAGGAUACAGAAUCCAUCCGGAUCCGGGCUACAGAGCUGCUAACCCUACUGAAGAUGCCCAGUGUGGCCCAGUUUGUGUUCACACCCACCGUGGGCGUGUGCCAGCCCCGCUACCACCAAGACACCAACGUGGCCCUGCCUCUGGCUCUGCGUACGGUCAGCCGACUGGUGGAGAAGGAGGCUGGCCUCUUGCCAGGUUGAAGGGACAGUCACCACCUAAACAGUGGCUUCAGCUGAAGAGCCUGGGCAGUCGAUGAUAAUAGAGCUCAGCUGCAGGCUCAGGUAGCUCGUGAGGAGCAGGAGGGAGGCGGACAUGGCUGUGAGGUUGGGGUCACCAGCCCCUGGGUAUGAGUCAUCCCUCCUUGUCUCUGUGGCUGGCUGUAGUCAGCCUUGACAGCUGAUAAGUGACUGAGUGUUAACUUCCUAGGCCGAGCACAAAUGGCCUGGUCUGCUUCUGCUGUUACUCAUUUCUGAACUUGGGGGCAGGGAGCAGUGUAGGAAAAAUAAACUGUAAAAAAUGAUGUAUGCUGGGCAAUGGGGGCACAUGCCUUUCAUCCCAGUACUCAGGAGAAACAGAGACAGGCAGAUCUGAGUUUGAGGCCAGCCUGGUUUACAGAGUGAGCUCCAUGACAGCCAGGGUUACACAGAGAAUCCCUGUCUCAAAAAAUUAAAAAGAAAAAAGAAAAAAAAAAGAAAGAAUUACUUAAUAUUUAUGUGUAGGUGUUUGCACACACCACAGCGCACACGGGGAAAUCAGGAGACAACUUCGGUGAUCAGUUCUCUCCUUCAGCCAUGUGGGUCCUGGCUGAUUGCCUGACUCAGUGACAAGUGCCUUUACUUACAGAGCCAUUUUACCUGCCCCCAAGUAAACUUUCCAAUGCUGUGUACAGCCCAGACCUCUGCCUUCCUCAGGCUGGGAGAUCACCAGGGAGCCUGACCAUGGUCUGCUGCCCUUCCCACACUGCCCUCUGUGGAGGGGGGUCCCUGGGUCUCCUGUUUGCUUCCUGUGUUCUUGAUGUGACAGAAAUAACAUGCUCUGGAGCUGAAGCUUUGCCACUAAGCCCUACAUUUAAUCCCCAGUGUAACAUGGUGAUGCAUACUGUAAUCCCAGAAGGUAGAGGCAGGAAGGUCAGAAGUUCAAGGUCAGCCUAGGCUACAGAAGAAAUUGGGCUGGGAAGACUUCUCAGCACAUAAAAGCCCUUGCCCUGAUGACACAGGGUUGUCCCCUAGAUCACAUGUGUGAAGCCACAGACCAUGGUGUGUGUGUGCACCUGUGGAGACAGCAUCAAAGCUCAAAGGCUUGCUAGAGCAGUGGAAGGACGAAAUGGAAGGCAAGAACUAACUCUCAACGCAUGCUGUGCCUUGGUCACACGAGACAUUUUAAUCUAAAUAAAGCUCAAGGUGUAUUCAUGAGGG